CGCCGCCUUUUGCCACGCCUCCUGCCUCUUUCAGCCCUGCCUCUCUCGGGAGGAUGAGGCCAGCUGGGGGCUGUGGCUGAGUUUGGGUUGCCGGGUGACAAGUCCGAGCUGGGAAAGUAGGCAUAAUGGCCGAAACCGCUUCUCCGCUGAAGCACUUCGUGCUGGCUAAGAAGGCAAUUACUACAAUCUUUGGCCAGUUGCUAGAGUUUGUUACUGAAGUAUCCCAUUUUGUUGAAGCAACGCAUAGGAAUCCAGAAUUUGACCAAAUAGCCACUGAGGAGGAUCUGCUGGAAAUCCAGGGGUAUAAAAACAAGCUUUCUGUUAUUGGCGAGGUGCUAUCUCGGAGACACAUGAAAGUUGCAUUUUUUGGCAGGACAAGCAGUGGAAAGAGCUCUGUUAUCAAUGCGAUGCUGUGGGAUAAAGUCCUCCCGAGUGGGAUCGGCCAUACGACCAACUGCUUCCUGAGUGUGGCGGGCACUGAUGGGGAUAAAGCCUACCUGAUGACAGAAGGGUCGGAUGAGAAAAGGAGUGUGAAGACAGUUAAUCAGCUGGCGCAUGCCCUCCAUAUGGACAAAGACUUGAAAGCUGGUUGCCUUGUGCAUGUGUUUUGGCCAAAGGCAAAAUGUGCCCUCUUGAGAGAUGACCUGGUUCUAGUAGACAGGAGAAGCAUUUUUUUCACAAGGUGAACGAACGGCUUUCCAAGCCUAAUAUUUUCAUUUUGAAUAAUCGUUGGGAUGCCUCUGCGUCAGAGCCAGAAUAUAUGGAAGAUGUACGCAGACAACACAUGGAAAGAUGUAUGCAUUUCUUGGUGGACGAGCUCAAAGUUGUGGAUCCUUCAGAAGCACGGAAUCGUAUCUUCUUUGUUUCAGCAAAGGAAGUUCUUAGUGCUAGAAAACACAAAAUACAGGGGAUGCCAGAAGGUGGUGGGGCACUUGCUGAAGGAUUUCAGGCAAGGUUACAGGAGUUUCAGAAUUUUGAACAAAUUUUUGAGGAGUGUAUCUCGCAGUCAGCAGUGAAAACAAAGUUUGAACAGCACACUGUCAGAGCUAAGCAGAUACUAGACACUGUGAAACACAUAGUGGAUUCAGUAAACGUGGCAGCAGCAGAAAGAAGGGUGUAUUCAAUGGAAGAGAGAGAAGAUCAAAUUGACAGACUGGACUUCAUUCGAAAUCAAAUGAACCUUUUAACACUGGAUGUGAAGAAAAAGAUAAAGGAGGUUACUGAGGACGUGGCAAACAAGGUUUCAUGUGCAAUGACAGAUGAAAUUUGUCGGCUGUCUGUUUUAGUUGAUGAAUUUUGUUCUGAGUUUCAUCCUACUCCCAGUGUAUUGAAAGUAUAUAAAAGUGAGUUAAAUAAACACAUAGAAGAUGGCAUGGGAAGAAAUUUGGCUGAUCGGUGCACCAGUGAAGUCAAUGCCUCAAUGCUUCAGUCCCAGCAAGAAAUUAUUGAAAAUUUGAAGCCACUACUUCCAGCUGACGUACAGAAUAAACUUCAUACAUUGAUCCCUUGCAAGAAGUUUGAUCUUAGUUAUGACCUAAAUUGCCAUAAGUUAUGCUCAGAUUUUCAGGAAGAUAUUGUAUUUCGUUUUUCCCUGGGCUGGUCAUCCCUUGUGCAUCGAUUCUUGGGCCCUACAAAUGCUCAGAGGGUGCUGCUUGGGUUAUCAGAACCCAUCCUUCAGCUCCCUAGGUCUUUAGCUUCAACUCCCACUGCUCCUCCUAAUCCAGCACCACCAGAUAAUGCAUCGCAGGAGGAACUCAUGGUCACCUUAAUAACGGGAUUGGCUUCCCUUACGUCCAGGACUUCUAUGGGCAUCAUAGUUGUUGGAGGAGUGAUUUGGAAAACCAUAGGCUGGAAACUCGUGUCUGUUUCGCUAAGCAUGUACGGAGCGUUGUAUCUUUAUGAAAGGCUGACAUGGACCACGCGUGCCAAGGAGAGAGCCUUUAAGCAGCAGUUUGUGAACUAUGCGACUGAAAAGCUGCAGAUGAUUGUGAGCUUCACAAGUGCAAACUGCAGCCACCAAGUACAGCAGGAAAUGGCUACCACUUUUGCUCGCCUGUGCCAGCAAGUUGAUAUUACUCAAAGGCAUCUGGAAGAAGAAAUUGGUAGAUUGUCCAAAGAAAUAGAUCAAUUGGAGAAAAUACAAAACAAUUCAAAGCUGUUAAGAAAUAAAGCUGUUCAACUUGAAAAUGAGCUGGAGAAUUUUACUAAGCAGUUUCUGCGUUAAAGCAAUGAAGACUCUUAGUAGAGAUUGCUUCGGUGACCGUGUGAGGAGGAAGCGGAAUUUGGAAGAUGGGACAGUGGUUAUUUUUAUGAAAUGACUUCAGUAUGAAUUACACUAACCGUGCAAAGCCCUGUGUAGAUUCUGGUAAUUGUCCAUCUCAGGGUGUUUGCAUUUCUGAGGAAUGUUAUGAUAGGUCGUUAGUUUUAAUUUGGGGUUAAAAAGAAGACAAAAUUAUUUGUGUUAAAUAAUGAAUUAGUUAAAAGCAAUAGAACCAGCUAAGUGACCCCUGAGGGGUGGGUCCUUGAGCUCUUCAUUAGGGCUUUGUUUUGAUUCUGGAAAACUCUGCUUCCUGGCAUCCAGGAGUUGGAGAAUAAUCCUUUCAUCUUUUUUUCUCAAAACUAGUUUUUGAUGCCUUCUUUAAUGGGAAUAGUCAGGUUUUUUUGUUUCGUUUCAUAAGCUGCCUUGCUCUGACCAUCCAGGAGUGUGGGAUGUUCUUGAGUGUACCAUGGAUAAAACCUACAGUCUCUUCGCCAUUGUGGCAGCAUGUAAACCACUAAUAAAUACACUGUUUUUACUCCUUCUUUUAUUCCCUUUAAAACUGAUGUUAUAUAGCAUAAAGGUUUGUUAAUAUAGUCACUUAUAAAACUAUCUGAGUUUAAAUAGUUUCCCAGUUGGUUUAUUAAGAAAUGUUUUCAGCUUGGUGCAGUUUUAAAUCCAGUAAGGUAAAGCUUUCCUGUUUGAGGAAGAAAGUUUGAAGUAGAAAAAGAAAAGGAAAUAAAAAAAAAAAAAAACAAAAAACAGCCAAAGGUACAGGAGGUCUGAAUUUGGGUUUUAACAGUGUUUAGAGCUCUUCAUCAGUAGGCACUUGCUUAAGAUUCUGCUGGAUUGUCUCCCAUUAGAGGUUUUUACUUUUAUUUGAUUAUAUGAAUUUGCCCAGGCUUCAUUAAAAAUUGUUGCUGUAUUUUUUACCUUAAUGAAGUGUUGAUGGGUUCAAGUAUUGUGUCCGUUUCUGUAUUAAAAACUGACUGGUUUAUAUGGAUACUAAAAAUGACAUCAUUCUAGGAUCUUGUUAAAAAAAUAAGGGAUCACCAGAUCAGCAUCACCUAAAUGCUUGUUAAAAUGCACAACCCCAGGGGACAAAGCGCAUUUGGCCACGUACAGCGUGUGACCGUUUUGGUACCGGGAAUCCAACUCGGGACCUUGCGCUUGCCAGGUAGGCGCUGUGCCGCUGAGCUGUAUCACCAGCCCACGAGACUCUUUCUUGACAGACACAACUCUGGGCCUUUUUUCCUUCAGUGCUUCCUCUUCUGUGCCUUUUAAGGCUCCUGGAUGCUAGUUGGUCUUUUCAUAGCAUGUGUGUAUUCCUAUUUUUCAAGACAUUUGAAGAAGAAAUUACAUUAUUUAGGCAAUAGGAGCUUUUAAAAAAUAUUUAUAUUUUUAUGCAAAUCAGAUAAUUUGGAUGCAGUAUUCAAAUUUAAAUACAGAUCACUUAGUUUUUAGCUUUUAUUGUUGAUACACAAACCAAAAUGAGGACAGGCCACUGAUAAGGGGUAGGUGUUCACAGUGACACAAAAAGCUAGUAUCUAAUAAAGACUGGGUACUGCAUCAGUUUCAGUUACAAGUUAUGUUAAAGUACUUGAACUUGGUCAUCACCUCAGUACAGUAUGUACAGUGGUUCUUGAAGUUUGAUCCCUGGAUUAUCACCAUCACUUUUGAACCUGCAAGAAAUGCAGAUUCUCAGGUCCCAACUCAGACCUAAGGAAUGAGAAACUCCAGGUUUGAGGCCUGGCAACAUGUUUUAACAAGCCCUACAGGUGAUCCUGACACUCACUACAGUUUGGGAACACUGGUGUAGUGUUUCUGAUAUGGUAACUGGUAAGUUCUCUUAGUUUGUGUGGUUCUGCCUGAUCAAGUUUGAAAAUGUAUGAUGGACGUUGGGAAUGGAACACUAAGAUAAUGGGAACUAACUUCUACCCACGCAGCAGUGCACCUGUAGUCCAUGACUUCUGCAGAAAUUAUGUAACUACAACUGAUGUAAUUCGAAGUUAAUACAAAUACACUUAAUUAUUUACUGUGUA